AUGAAGAUGAGUGGGAGGGGGGCUGCCACCGGCUUGCCGCUCCUUCUACUCCUUAUGGCCACGUGCAGCGUCGUCCUCGCCUGGUCCGACAACUGCGGCCAAUUUGGCAACUGCACGACCUGCACGGGCAAGGGCGGCUGCGGCUGGUGUCUGCAGCCCACGGGCAACAGCCUUCUCAACGGCUCCUGCGUGCCCGGCGAAGACUCCGGACCCACCAACUUCCUCACCUGCAGCCGAUGGUUCUACCAAGACUGUCACAAUUUGACUGAGUGCGAGGCGGCUACAUGUGGCGACUGCGCCGAUCUGAGCGGCUGCGGGUGGUGUGCGAGCUCCAAGUUUUGUUUGCCGGGCAACAGCACCGGCCCGAACGAAGAUCACCUGGCGGUGUGCGCCAAGCCGUACUGGAUCUGGGGCAAGGCCAACUGUCCGCUGGAGCCCACGGUCACGCCGUCCCAGUCGCCCUCCCACUCGCCCUCGGCGUCGGCGUCGCCCUCCAUCAGCCCAUCGGCCUCCGCCUCGCCGUCGGCGUCGCCCUCCAGCUCGCCGUCGGCCACGCCGUCGCCGUCGGCCAGCCCCGACCUGUGCCCCACACUGGGGACCAACUGCACCACGUGCGUGGCCGGCGCUCAGUGCCUGUGGUGCCCCACAUCCAAGGCCUGCUUUAACUCCACCCGCUCGCCCGGCCAAUGCCAGGGCGAGGCCACCAACGAAUGCUACGAUGAGUACUGCGCCAACUUCACGAAAUGCGCGGACUGUACCAAGCAGACGGUGUGCGGGUGGUGCAACUACACCAAGUGCGUGGCGGGCUCUCACCUCCGGCCCGACCGCGGCUCCUGCCUCGCCUACCAGUACGGCAGCUGCGCAGCGAUCCCGUGCCCACAGUUCGCCGACUGCGCGGCGUGCACGCAGCCGGGCAACACGCACUGCGCGUGGUGCGACCCCAGCCUGAAGUGCCUGCCCAUCGCCAACCCGCCGCCCAAGCCCGGCGAUGCUGAGUGUCCGUCCAACUGGUUCUACGGCGAGUGUCCUGCGCCGGUGGACUGCGGAAUGCACCGAUUUCAACUCCCACUGCUUCUGGUGCACCGAGAGCGGAAUGGGCUCCUGCUCCUCAUAUUCCCGAGGCGCGGGGGCGACGACAGCCUUGGCGGCGGCGCCAUCGCCGGCAUCGUCAUCGGAAGCGUGUGCGCGGCGGGCAUCAUCCCCGCCGCCGGCUUCCUCUGGUACCGAUUCUACUACAGCCGACGGCACUACUACGCCACCUUGGCCUGA